UUUACCAUAACCUGUUGCCUUGGAAAUACGAAAAUGAAUUAAAUUUAAGGAAAUUUGUAUCCGAUGUUCGUCAUCGCACAAUUAUAAGGAUAAAAUCGUCGGGUCGAGCAGUUGAUUCAAAACACGAUAGCCCCAAAAAAUAUCCUUUGCAUCUAUUUUUGAGAUGCAUGCAAUGUGUUAAUCAGUUAUUUAUAUCACUUGUGUGCCGUAUCUCUGGCUGGUUAUUUUCUGGCUUGAGCCUCUCUCAGCUUCAAACGUGAUUCUUGAUCUCGACAAUGUUUUGAAUUAAAAUCAGAAUUUUACUUAAUAUUAACAAUGGACGAAAUUCGUUUUCGAAUAUCCAAUCAACUCGAGACGUUACAGGUUCAAGCAUCAGUGAUAGCACAGCAGGGACAGCAAGUGUUGGCCAGAUGGAUAACGCAGCUUCAACAACUUCUGCAGGAAUUUUACCAGGGAGAAUAUGGCCAACGACUAAAAGAUGUUGGCCAACAACUGUUGACCUGGGCUCACGCUGGAUGGGAACAACUCCAGUUUCAGUAUUAUUCACUGCAAUUCAACCCGCGUGAAUUUUAUCAACAAGUAGCCAACUUGUUUACUGCUGGAGGUAUUCUUCCAGUGUCAAGACGAGAGCUAGCCUUUUGUGUUAUUGGUUUAACUGCCGGAAGUCUUAUAGGAUUUAGCACUGGCUUAAAUUGUCACCACCCACCACAGCACAUGCACCACAUGAAAGCCAUUAUAUGUCAUCAUUACAUUGGUAUUGAGGGUGUCACUACAAUAGACGACGUGGAAAUGCCAGCCAUUCAAAAACCUGACGAUUUAUUAAUCCAAGUAAAAUCUGCAUCUGUGAAUGUCGUAGAUGCAAAAAUAUGUUCUGGCUACGCAAGGACGUACAGACAGCUUCUUAACUCUGGUAAACAGAGAGAUUUGCCAGUGAUAAUAGGAAGAGAUUGUGCCGGAAUAGUGGUUGAUAUUGGUCCAAGUGUCAUAGAUUUUGACAUUGGUGAUGAGGUGUAUCUGGCCGUUCCUUCAUGGGCACAAGGUACCAUGGCAGAAUAUUUGGUAGUUUCAGAAACCGUAGUAGCCAGAAGGCCAAAACUUGUAAACUUUGAUGCAGCAGCCAGCUUACCGUACAGUGGAUGUUUGGCAUGGGAUGCCAUUGUUAAUGAAUCUGUGAUCGCAGAAGGCAAUGCUCGAGGAAAAAGAAUUCUUGUGUAUGGUGGGACUACCCCAGUUGGCUGUAUUUUAAUUCAGCUAACUAAACUUUGGGGUGGUUAUGUUGUUGCAGCUUGUAAACAGCAAGCAAUACCUGUUGCUAAAGCUCUGGGAGCGGACGAAGUUAUUCCCUUCAACGAAUCGAAUAUAGAAAAAGAAUUAGAACUACAAGAUAAAUUCGACGCCAUCUUUUACACCGGUGGUCAACAAAUUAAAGACUGUAUACUGAGAAAUCAUUUACUACCGCAUGGUUCUUACGUAUCCACAGUACCAGAACAUUUGACAUCCGAUACGUUAGGAUUUGUUUUUGGAAGCAUAUUUUCCGGAUAUGUCAGAAUCAAACUGUUAAUACGAUACUUAUUUGGUUUGAAACCAAACCAAUGGAACGAUGGUUCAAAAAUAAACACUGCCAAUCUGGAUGCAUUGCGUCAACUCGUUGAUGCAGAUCAACUACAGGCUGUUGUUCAUAAAGCUUAUGCACCACACAACAUUGAACAAGCCUUACACGAAGCAUUGAAUCCGAAUGCUGUCGGCAGCACUAUAAUUAGAUUUCACUGACGCUUGUAUUAUUUACAGGAUAUACUAAUUCAUGGCUUGGUGAUUCAGUAAUGGUGUUACAACUAUUGCACACCUUGAUAAUACAAAUAUUUUAAUGAAUUGCCAAACCAGACAUUUAUAGUUGGACACCAGAGAAUUCAGGUAAUAUUUUAAUUACCAAGAAUUGACGUUGACGCUGAAAAGCACAGUUUCAGUCUGGCCAAUUAUCACUGGAAAUUUGCGAGUGUGUCUUCCACGUAACUUCAAAAUUGCGAUAGACUCCACUCGUAACCAGCUCAAAUUAACCCCAUAUUUACAUAAAAUGGCCCCUAAAAUUCAGGGUAUAAGAAUGGGGAGCUGUAAUACAAAGUUAAGUUUGUAAAUGUUUAUAGCAUGUUUUAUUAUCAAAUAUAUAUACAUAUAACUAGAUAUGAAGGAAAGUUUAAGAACUAAUCAUGAGUUGCCUUAACAAAUUAUAAACUGUUAAUUAUUUGAACUUUUGUGCAAACAAAAUAUAUAUACAUAAUGUUUAAUUUGAAAAUGGAUGAAUUUUUAUAUAAUUGAAGUUAUAACUGCAGAUUUGUUGAUUGAAAAUUGUUGUAAUUUUACUUAAUCGAAGUUAUUGUUGCAGACUUAUUGACAUUGUUUGGCAAGACAUAAAUGGCCAACAGUAAAAGUAAAGAAUUCAUAAUAAAAGAAUGAAUUCAAUUCAGCUAGUAAUUCAUAUCUAACGGAUCAUUUGCAUAUUAGAAAAAUUUGUUACUUGGAAUAAUUAUAAUUCGAAAUUUUACUUGAAUUACUUUGUUGUAAAAAUCGACAGACCCAGGGCAGACCUCUUAACAGAGGAAUUUAUACUCCUGAGUUGCAUGACAAAAUUUUGAGAUAACUUUCCAUUUAUUUGGCUUUGCCUCGAAAUUUACCUCGUCCAGCAGGUUUGCCUUUUUUCGCUGGUGUCUUUUUGUCAUCGGCCUGUUGUGUUAAACAAAAAAUGAAUUAAUAAAUAUGUCGUGGUAAAUCUGAGUGUUAGAUUCCUAAAUAAGGCAAGGCAGUAAAACCUCUUUAGUGGCAACUCCCAGGGGAAAAUGUUAAUGCAGUUAAUAGUUCCUUGUCAAACAUGACAGGGACGAAUCAUCAAACAUCUAAUAAAAAUGACUUAUCUUUAUUUAUCAACAAAAUUUAACUAAAGUUACGAAAUUAAGAUAAAAUUUUUUGAAAUUAUACAAACUUAUUAUAAUGUUGACUUGAUACAUGAAAUUCCAAGCUCAAUAAAAAUGUUAUCUGCUUUUA